AUGGAGGUCGAUUCUAUGCCAAUAUCCUUGCCAGUACAAGAGAAAGCCUCUGCCACGAUAUUAUGUUGCAACUGUGGUGCACCGAUCGAUGGCACAGUCGCGGCAGGCGCGCUUUGCUACGAUUGUGUUAAACUCACUGUUGACGCUUCAGAAGGUAUUCAACGUGAGGGAGUCUUACAUACAUGCCGAGACUGCGAGAGAUGGCUUUCGCCUCCUUCACAAUGGGUUACUGCUGCAAUGGAGUCAAGAGAACUGUUGGCCCUGUGUCUACGGAAGUUGCGUGGUCUCAAUAAAGUCAGAAUCAUUGACGCCAGCUUUCUUUGGACGGAGCCACAUUCGAGGAGGAUUAAGGUCAAAAUAACAGUUCAGCAAGAAGCUUUCGAAGGAGCAAUCAUUCAGCAGACUUUCGAGGUUGAAUAUGUGGUGGCCUAUCAACAAUGUCCAGAUUGUCAGAAGUCUUACACAGCAAACGUGUGGAGGGCGAGUGUACAAGUGCGACAGAAGGUUCCGCACAAGCGAACAUUUCUCUACCUCGAACAACUAAUGCUGAAGCACGGCGCUCAUCGUGAUGCGAUCAAUAUCAAAGAGGUACACGACGGUAUCGAUUUCUUCUUCAGUCAACGCAACCACGCUGAGAAAUUCGUCGAUUUUCUAAACAGUUCGGUCCCUGUUCGUGUGAAGAAGUCCCAGGAACUCAUCAGCAUGGACAUACAUACCUCGAAGAAAUCCUACAAAUUCACAUACUCUGCCGAAUUAGUCCCAAUCUGUCGAGACGACUUGGUUGCUCUUCCCAUUAAGCUCGCCAAGUCAAUAGGAAAUAUUUCACCUGUCUGUCUCUGCCACCGUGUUGGAACAAGUAUCAACCUGAUCGACCCAAAUACACUUCAGACAGCAGAUGUCCCUACACCGAUCUACUGGCGAGCACCCUUCACUAAUCUUACAGAUGUCAAGGAUCUGGUCGAGUUUGUAGUUCUUGAUAUUGAGCCACUAGGACCUACAUCACACAACGGUCGCUUCGUUUUAGCAGAAUGUACUGUCGCUCGUGCGUCGGAUCUAGGCGUCAACGACAAGACUUACUUCUGCCGAACACAUCUAGGAUCAGUCCUGCAUGCUGGGGACAGUGUUAUGGGAUAUCAGCUGACAGGCACAAACUUCAACAACAGCCAGCUUGACGAUAUCGAGAAGAAUAACGCUUAUGCGUCACAAAUACCUGAUGUUCUCCUAGUCAAGAAGCACUAUGCCCGAAAGAGGAAGCCAAAGACUCGCAGUUGGCGUCUGAAGCGUAUGGCUAAGGAUGAGGGCGAAUUAUUACCUAAGAAAGCCGAUCAAGAUAGAAUGGAUGCAGACUAUGAGAUGUUCUUGCGUGACGUUGAGGAAGACCCAGAACUGCGGCAGACACUUGCCUUGUACAAGGCUCAACAGAGAAAGAAGCAGGCAGAUGAAAUGAGCAUGGUUACAACGGAAGACAGUGGAGACGAGGAGGUACCGAAGAUCGAUGUCAACGAUUUGUUGGACGACUUUGACGAUAUGGACAUUAAUGAUCAGGUCUAG